AGAGUACCUACCAAUUUACUACUACGAUUAAAAACUACUCCAUGUCUAUGUGGAUACACAUACAAUUAGUAUCUCUCUUAUAUAUUCCCACAUUUAAAAUCUCAGUUCCUAUCCUCAGCCGCCGCUCCUGAACUCAAAAUUAAAACAAAACAAAAAAAAACACAAAAUGUCAAAAAACUCGGCACCGGAGGCGGGGCUUCAGUCGCCGCUGCUGGCGGCGGAGAGAUUAUGCAUGGACGAUAUGCUGAAAAAGCACUGCGGCGAGUUCGGGCGGUGGCAGCUGCGGCACUUUGUCUUAACCAGCAUGGCGUGGGCGCUGGAGGCCUUCCACACCAUGGUGGUGAUAUUCGCCGACCGCGAGCCGGCGUGGCGGUGCGUGGGCGGCGCCGGGGAUUGCGACAUGUGCGGGAUGGAGGCCGGCACGUGGGAGUGGGUGGAGGGGAAGGGGAGCUCCACGGUGGCGGAGUUUGGACUCAUUUGCGGGGAGAAGUAUAAGGUGGGGUUGGUUCAGGCCUUGUUCUUCGCCGGAUGUAUGAUCGGUGCUGGAGUAUUUGGACACCUCUCCGACUCUAGAUUGGGAAGGAAAGGCUCCUUAGUAAUUGUUUGCAUACUGAAUGCCAUCUCCGGUUGCCUGACCGCCCUCUCCCCGACCUACCCCGUCUACGCGGGCCUCCGCCUCCUCACGGGUUUCAGCACGGGCGGGGUCGGCCUCUGCGCCUUCGUCCUCGCCACCGAGCCCAUAGGCCCCACCCGUCGCGGCGCCGCCGGCAUGUCCACCUUCUACUUCUUCUCGGGCGGGAUCGCCGCCCUCGCCGGCAUCGCAUACAUCUUCUCGACGUGGCGGGCCCUCUACAUCGCCACAUCCGUCCCCUCCGUCCUAUUCCUCGUCUUCGUCCUCCCCUUCGUCUCUGAGUCCCCGCGCUGGCACCUCGUCCGGGGCGAGGUAGGGCCCGCCAUGCAGACCAUGCGCGCCAUCGCGCGGUCCAACGGGCGGGACUUGCCCGAGACGGCCCUCCUCGCCCUGGACGAGGAGACAGGUCAACAUAAGUGCACGUCCGCUAAGGAAGCUGCCAUAAUCACAGGAUCCUUAGUGGACGUGCUGCGGACCCCACUGACGCGGGUCCGCCUCUUCCUCGCCGUAGCGAUCAACUUCUGCUGCUCCGUCGUGUACUACGGGCUGAGCCUCAACGUGGUGAACCUCGGCACCAACCUCCACCUCAACGUGUUCCUCAACGCGGUGGCGGAGAUGCCGGCGUUCCUCCUCACGGCGUUGCUACUCGACACUUUCGGCCGGAAGCCGCUGAGCAUCGGGACGCAGUGGUUCAGCGGCGCAUUCUGCCUCUUGGGGGGGAUGAUGAAGGUGUACGGCGCGUGGAAGACAGUGAGGAUGGUGUGUGGGAUUCUCGGGAUAUUCGGGAUGGCGGGGACGUAUAACUUGCUGUUUAUCUACACGGUGGAGCUGUUUCCGACGGUGGUGAGGAAUGCGGCGCUGGGGUGCGCAACGCAGGCGGCGCAGAUGGGGGCGAUACUGGCGCCGUUCGUGGUGGUGAUGGGGGAGAGGGUGCCGUUUCUCGUGUUCGGAGUGUGCGGGUUGGCAGGAGGGACGCUGGCGUUUUUGUUGCCGGAGACUUUGAAUCGGCCGUUGUAUGAUACCAUGGCCGGAAUGGAAGAGGGAGAAGGUGCUGCUCUGUUGAGUUGAUUUUGUUUAAAUUACAUGUUUUGGAUUAUACUCAAGUAUUCAUUUUGGAACGAAGAAUGAAGAUUUUUGUGUUAUAAAAAAGAUUACUUCUUUACAA